AUGGGGGAAAACGAGCAAGUCUUAUUACCACAGGAAAUAGAGGCAUAUUUAGAAAGUUUGGAACCUAUCAGCAUUCCUGAAAUUGGAAGCCCUAGAUGGCUCACGCAACGAGAAAGAAUACAUAACUUGUCCCUUCAAGCUUCGUUGGAUGUCAAAUCUGAAAGGGAAGAAAUAGUGAAAGAGUUUCUACUCACACUUGAAAAGAUUCCUGUAUUGAUUUACGAAUUAAUUGCAACUGAAAUAUGGCGACUGAAAAUUUUUCCUUUGCUGUUAAAAAUGGAGCAUCCAUCAAAAUCUGUUAUUCCUAUUUAUUUAGUUCUAUACCAUGAAGUCGCCUUAGAAACAUUUCUGGAAGCUGUAUUAUUUCAUGAAGACGCCAUGGAAGCAGCCGGAGACUCUCUUAUAGAUUUGGUGGAUUACUGCUAUCGAAAUAUAAUCCAAUUUACAAGAAUACCUUUAGGUGUCUUGCAUCGCCUGCUUGUGGUACACGACAUUCCUUUGCUCUUUACAAAUCUCUUGUAUGAGCCUCCCUGGUCAAAGGAAGUGAAUGGUGAAAGAGUGAAGUAUGUCGAUGGGAAAUGGAAGAAGCUGAGCCCCAUUGAUUUCAUGAAAAUCAACAAAAUAGAAGGACAAAUCUGGAUUGCUCUGAUUCAACUUUUACUGAAUCCUGACUGUCAGAAAAAGUAUGAUAUGAGUGGAUACAAGAAAGACCAGUUGUUAAAAUUACGCUGCAGAUUGAAUGAUGUAACUAUUGAACAGAUUCCAAUUUUGCGGGAGCUUUUGCGCUUUCUGGAGCACCUCAGCCUAUUUGAUGCGCCCAUUCCUAAAAAAGGAGUAAUCAUUGAACAAGUGCCAGAAAUCUGGGAAUGCUUACACAAGGAGUAUAGAGGAAAGUGGAAAGAAAUAGCAACUAACCAAAUGAACUCCUGUUUCGCUCUUUCACAAGACGAGCUCCAAGAUCUUUGCAAAAAGCUGACAAACUCCUUUGAUUUGAAAAACAUAGAAGCCAUGCUUUCGGACACGCCUCUAUGCGCACAGUGUGGAGGCAAGGGUUUGAAAAGGUGCUCACGUUGUAAAAAUGAGUGGUACUGUGGAAGACCCUGUCAAGUUUCUCAUUGGGCAAAACAUCAGCCGGCUUGCAAUCUAAUGGUGAAAUGA